UAUCCUGACCCGCCUCGACAAUCUCCUCCGAAGAUAGAUGUCUCGCAUUCUGCCGUAUAUAGCCGGCUUAAUCGAGCGCUGGGGUCGGUGUGGUGCUGGAUACGGCAGUAGGCUAUGGUGUGCCCCGACUUGGGUUGGGGUAUCAAAAUGUUGCCGUGUGGUAUAUUCACCAAUGCUGGAGGAGUCCUUUUCGUCUGUUUUCUUCUUUCUCGAAAUCCGCCUCGUGUUGCUCCAGAAAAGAAAAGCAGACAGACACAAUGAGGGCCUCGAUCGUGGCAUUCCUGCCCCCAUUCGUGGGUGUUGGUGCGCAGCUAGCCACCUUCGAGCCGUCGUAUCCCUCGCCCUGGGGGGCCGGGGGGCCAGACGGCUGGGACGAGGCGUACGCGAAGGCGCGGGAGUUCGUCAGUAAGCUCACGCUGCUCGAAAAGGUCAACCUGACGACCGGAACCGGCAACCAGGCGGAUCUGUGUACGGGAAACACCGGGUCGGUGCCGAGGCUCAACUUCCGCCACCUGUGUCUCCAGGACGGGCCCGUUGGAGUUCGAUAUACCGAUCUCAACUCCGUAUUCCCAGCUGGCAUAACGGCCGCGGCGACGUGGUCUCGGUCCCUGCUCCGGCGGCGAGGCGAGGCGAUAGGCCAGGAAUUUAGCGGGAAAGGGGUAGACAUUCACUUGGGACCGGUGGUAGGGCCGCUGGGACGCGACCCGGCGGGAGGGCGCAACUUCGAGGGGUUCGGGCCGGACCCGUACCUGGCGGGGGUUGCGUGCGCGGAGACGGUGGCAGGGACCCAGGGGGCGGGCGUCGUGGCGAGCGUCAAGCACUACGCGCUCAACGAACAGGAACACUUCCGCGGCGCCGUAAGUAGCAACGUAGGCGACCGCGCCGUGCACGAGCUCUAUCUCUGGCCCUUCGCCGACGCUGUCCGCGCCGGCGCCGCUAGCGUUAUGUGCGCCUAUAACCGUAUCAACAACACCUUCGCCUGCGAGAACUCGUACCUCCUCAACCGCCUACUAAAGAACGAGCUCGGGUUUCAGGGGUUUGUUGUCUCCGACUGGGGCGCCCAGCACACAGGCGUCGGGAGCGCGCUCGCCGGCCUCGAUAUGACGAUGCCGGGCGAAGGGGGUUGGGGUACCGCAUAUCCGUCGUUCUGGGGUGGUGCCCUGACCGAGGCUGUGCUAAACGGCGCGGUUCCGCAGUGGAGGCUUGAUGACAUGGCCGUCCGCAUUAUGGCGGCGUUCUAUAAGGUAGGGCGCGAUGUAAAGCAGAUCGACAUCAAUUACUCGUCCUGGACAAACGCGACCGUGGGUCCGAGAUAUUGGACAUCAAAGAUGGGGAACACCACCAUCAACCAGCACGUCGACGUGCAGGCGGACCAUGGCAACCUGAUCCGCGAGAUAGGGGCUAAGGCGACGGUUUUGCUUAAGAAUGUCGACCGUGCGUUGCCCUUGGUCAAGCCUCGGAGGAUCGCAGUGAUCGGAGAAGAUGCGCAGGACAAUCCGGAUGGGCCUAACAGCUGUGUCGAUAGGAUCUGCAAUCACGGGACGCUGGCUAUGGGCUGGGGCUCGGCGACGGCGGAGUACCCCUAUCUAAUCUCGCCGGCUACUGCGCUCGCCGAGCAGGCCGAGGCUGACGGUACCGCGUUUAUUAACAUUAAAGGAAAUUUUGACCUGGACGCCGCGCGGGUGGCCGCCAGCAAGGCAUCCGUCGCUAUUGUCUUCGCUAACGCGAACUCGGGAGAAGGGUAUACUACGCUGGACGGGAAUUUUGGGGACCGCAACAACCUGACGCUGUGGAAAGGCGGCGACGAGCUGAUCCAAGCCGUCGCGUCUGUUAACCCCAACACGGUCGUCGUUAUCCACAGCGUCGGCCCUGUACUGAUUGACCACAUCAAGACGAACGAGAACGUGACGGCAAUCCUAUGGGCCGGACUGCCCGCCCAGGAGUCUGGCAACUCGCUGACGGACGUGCUCUACGGGAAGGUUAACCCGCAGGGCAAGACGCCGUUCACAUGGGGCAAACGGACCGGGGACUGGGGUGUCAUGACGCUGAUGAACUCGACGGCGGCGGCACCGCAACAGGACUUCUCGGAGGGUGUGUUCGUCGACUACCGGUACUUCGACCGGGCGGGGACGGAGCCAAGCUUUGAGUUCGGCUUCGGGCUAAGCUACACGAGCUUUGCUUACGCGAGCCUCACGGUACACUCCCGUAACUCUGGAGCCUACCGCCCCGCGGUCGGACUGACGCCGCCGGCGCCCACGUACGGCGAAGUCAACCCAGACCCGCGCAGCGCGCUCGCGCCUGAGGGCUUCGCUAAGAUCCCUCGCAUGAUAUACCCCUGGAUCAACAGCGCCGACGUCCCCGACACCGCGGCCGAGAUCCCACCCGGCGCCCAUAACGCGUCGGCGCAGCCGCUCCUGCGUGCGGGCGGCUCGUCGGGCGGCAACCCCGAGCUAUACAAAGUUGUGUUCGAUAUUAGCGCCGAUGUCACGAACACCGGGGACGUGGCCGGUACCGAGAUCGCGCAGCUAUACAUCUCCCAUGGCGGAUCGGGCGACCCGAAGGUCGUGCUACGCGGGUUCGACGACGUGAGCCUCGCCCCGGGCGAGACCAAGACGGUCGUGUUCGAGGUGACGUAUCGCGACCUGAGCACCUGGGACGUCGAAGCACAAGACUGGCGCAUCACACCGUACCAAAAGACUGCACAUGUCGGGGCGAGCUCAAGGGAUCUUCGGUUGCAGGCAGAGUUGCCGAUUUCGGUGUGAGGACCCGCGAGGCUCUGAUUUGCUGCCUGGCUUGAGUUCGAAAGCGGCGUGAUCACGACGACGGGAUCUCAAGACAGUGGUGAGACUCGGGAGUAUUUCUGAGCGAGUGUUUUUUUUUUUUUUUGCACUCGGACUCGAUAUCUUAACCUAUGGUACAUCCGGACUUGGCUAAUAUUUCUUGCUUCGCUAUUGUGCCUACCGCUAUUUUUUGCGACACCACGCUAUAGAGUAGACAAUCCUAAAACGCUAAUACUUUGGUGAUCCGGACGCAGCUGCGUAGAGGAUUUCCC